AUGACCCCCUCCCCGGCUCCCUCCAGUCCCCUCUCAUCUGCCCCUCCCCCUCCUUCUGCGCCAGCAAAAGCCAGGGUAUCGUCCGGCGCGAAAUGGGCUACAAGCCCACCUACCUCCCAGGGCAUUGUGGCAGGAGGUGAGAAAGGGAAGGCGUCAACCUCACCUGGGAAUGGAACAAAGGAAGGGGAGGAGGAGAUUGAUGAGCUGGAUCCCUCUGAUGAAGAGAAGGAAAGCAUCAGGCAAGAGCUGGAGACGAGUACACCAAAGAAGAGGAAGAGAGGGAAAUUAGCGAAGGGGGAGAACACAGGGGUCAAGAAACUUCGAGUGUCAAGGGCUAAGAAGGAGGAAGAAUCUCCAAAUAUCAGGACGACAUCGACCAAGAUCGAAGAAGUCUCAGUUAUCGAACGAGCACCUACCCUCACUUCUCCCACGAGUCCGAGCAAGGAAGGCGAGGAAGAGCCCAAACCCCUCGAAGCGGCGCAGGACCUGUCAGGCGAAUCCCAGCCUUCCCAAGAGGUGCACGGUACCGCUACUUCUGUUCCCCCGCCUUCGUCGAUACCGAAGAGCCCCAUAAAAACAGAGGUUGAACCAUCGGUCUCUGGUGAAGAUACAGUGCCAACAGAGCCAGAGCCAGAGUCGACCGGACCUUUGUUGCUCAACAGUACGACUGCAACUGUCUCCGAAGUAGCAAGCGCUUCUGCCUAUGCUUCUGGCUCUAGCUCCACCUCUGCUCUUGUUCUCGAAACGACAUCUUCCUCCCUCUCAAUCUCCAAACCGAAAUACGUUCGACCAUUAGCGGCCCCCAUCGAUAUCCCUCCCGGCGUCCGUCCUCCACCCAGGAAGAACCCCGGGAGACCGAGUAAGAAGUAUCUGGAGGAACAUAGAGUGUGGCUCGAGGAGGUUGAAGAGGCCAGGGCGAGGCUGAGAGGUGAGGGGGUGGAGGGAGGGGCGCAGUUGAGCAAAGACGAGAAAGAGGGUCUAGAGGGAGAUGCCGGUCGGGUAGAAGAUCUUGGAAAAUCUACCAAAGGUUCAAUACCCAUACCGAUAGGCGAACAGCAGCCAGUGGUAACUGGAGUAGAGAAUCCACCAGCAGAAGAAGAGCCAAAGCUGGAGAAAGAGUCGAGCAACGCGGAGGAAGAAGAAAAGGAGCUGGAUAAGGAGGAGGCGUCGGAAGCUCUCAGCGAAGAAAAGGCGCUUUCCCAAACUGUGGACGCCAAGUCACCUACCAAACGUCGGAAAACGCUUCACGAAGAAAAACCUCAACAGUCGUCUCCUGUCCCUACCUCUGCUCCUGCCGAAACUCCUACAUCUCCCCGCGAUUAUGCUCCCCCUCCCCCGCCCGACCUGCCUGCAGGCAUACCCCCUCCUCCCAAGAAGCUCAACCCCGGCCGGCCUACCAACAAGUAUUUGGAAGAAUACGCGGCGUGGUGGGAGUUGGUGGAGAAGGAGAAGGAGAGAUUGGCCGAAGGGGAGAAACAGACGAGCGAGGAAGAUAAGGACAUGGCUGAGAAGGGAACGAGCCCAGAGAAAGCGCCGGUGCUGGGUUCUCAGGCGUCUAAUUCUUCUGUCCGGGGACAGACGAGUGCUCGAGGCCGCGGCAGGGGACGAGGUCGAGGAAGGGCUUCCCUUGUCGUCCAAACCUCCCGUCCGACAGAAAUCUUGCAGCCUGACUCCUCGGAUGCUGCUGCCGCUGUCGCCAUUGCUACCCCAACCUCAACAUCAACAUCUCGACCGUCCGAGUUUGUCAUGGGAGAGCCGCCCUCGAGUGGGCAUUCCGAGUCUUGGACACCUCGCGGUAGAUUGAAGGUGAGAGGGCGGGCGAAAGGGACGGUUCGUACUGGGCGGGUGUCGGAAGGUGGACGUACCCCUACACACAACGGGGCGCUCAGUUCUCCUUUGCAAAAUGGUUACGGGUCACCAGCAGGAGAGGGGUCGCCUGGUGCGGACAAUCAGGGUGAAGUGUUGAAAAGUGGUUCAUCUCAUGUUUCGGAAUUCAACAAGUCUGCUCCUUCCAUGCGCCUGAGUUCAGAGCCGAACGAGGUUUCCUCGCAGCCCCACCCCGCGCCACAACGACAGUCCCCAGAACCCCAAACGCAUAUCAAUUUACCCUCUCCAACCCCAAACCCUCCCAGGCAAACCGACAUCAUGAUACCGCCUGUCCGCCCCAACCCUCCGUUGCCUAAAGAAGGCCAUCUCGCCUCUUUCCUCGUGCUCAACCCGUUCCACUUUCUUACGCCGUCAGACGAGAGACAGCUGCCUUUACCGCCAGUCCCUGCGGGGGGAUUCAGCUUUAGGGAGAAGCAGGGAAAAACGAUACAGAGGUUUCUGGCGCCGAGAAAGGUGGUGUUGGAUAUCACCACACCGGGGACGAGGAUAGGCACCAUACCUAGUGCGGAAGAGUAUUACAAGUCUUCUUUGGAGUACCGAGGGGACAGAAAGGGGAAAGCACGCGCGCCGUCGAACUGGACUGAGGACGAAGGCCAACGAAACGGCGGUGGGGAAUCAGAAGCAGACGAAGCGGAGAGGCUGGAUGAGAAUGGAAGGAAAGUGCAUAUGCUCUACCGGGUAUUGGUGGUAAACAAGGAUGAGGAGGAGGAAGCAAUGGAGAGUGAUGAUGGGUACGCAGAGGAGGAAUGA